AUGGCAUCCGCCAAGCGUGAGGCGCUCUCUGCAUGCACGUCUGUGGAAUCUAUGGGUAGCGCGAUGGCUUCAAUGCCACACUACCUAUCCAAAGGUACUAACGAGCUUGUGGCUUCCUCGGUUGAUGAGGCGGUUUCUGCCCUGAAAUCCGUGUUGUUGAUGACUAUCACGGGUGUCGGGGAGAUCCUCUGGUUCGUCAUUAACAUGAUGUACUCCACCUACGCCUGUCUCAUCACAAUGGCCGUCCGCGGCACUGUAGGAGCCGGGAUUGAAGUGAUCAAAGAAGCUACUGAGUGGAUCAACAAAACCCUCAAGACAAUCAGUGGCGACAUUGAGAGCACCGUCGACAAAUAUAAAGACGAACUGAACUCAUUCCUCGAGACAAUCAACAAAGUGGCCAGCGUGUUUUCGGAUGAUCCUAGUCCAAUCAACCUCAACAGCUCAAUUAGCACGCUGGAGAAUCUGUCCCUUCCGUCGUCAGUGAACCGCACGGUGGAAAAAUUGAAUAGCGUGGUCCUUCCCAACUUCAAAGAGAUCCAGAAUUACACCAAGACGCUCUUCCAAACGCCCUUUCAAGAAGUCAAAGAUUUGAUCAACGGAAGUUUGGGCACUUACAGCUUCGAUCGGUCCGCUCUCCCUGUCCCUGCCAAGACACAGUUGACCUUCUGCAACGACAACAAAGGAAUCGACGAUUUCUUCAAUGAGGUCACCGAGCUAACACUAAAGGCACGCAAAAUAUUCAUUGCUGUCCUCAUCAUUGCUGCCAUAUUAGUGUGCAUUCCAAUCGCGUGGCAAGAAAUCCGCCGAUGGCGCUCAAUGAAAGAGCGCUCCCAGUUAGUUCGCAAGGAAGCCCAUGAUCCGAUGGACGUUGUGUACAUUGUCUCACGGCCAUACACCGCCGCUGCAGGUAUCAAGGCAGCAAGUCACUUCAGCAACAGUCGCCGACAGAUCCUCGUACGAUGGACCAUUGCCUACGCAACAUCCCUCCCUGCUCUUUUCGUACUGGCUCUUGCACUGGCAGCACUAUUCUCUUGUUUGUGUCAAUAUCUGCUUCUCCAUACGGUCAAGCAAACUGUCCCAGCGCUAAGUGCCGAGGUGGGAGAAUUCGCAGACAAGGUCGUUGAGGCACUUGAAAGAGCCUCGACCGAUUGGGCUACCGAUACCAACAAGGCCAUACUUAAUCUCAACAACGACCUAAACCACGAUGUCUUUGGCUGGGUCAACACCAGCACGCAUGCCAUUAACGGGACUCUAAACUUCUUCAUUUACAACACAUCCAGUGUUCUGAACGAGACCUUUAAAGGUACCAUUCUUCAAGACCCCGUCUACGAGCUAUACGAGUGCCUCGUUGGCCUGAAAGCAGAGGCAUUUCAAAAGGGUCUGAACUGGGUAGCUGAGCACGCACAUAUCUCCCUCCCUACCCUCCCGAAUGACAUAUUCUCCGCCGGUGCCGCCUCCAGCAUCAAUGACACGUCCAAUCCUUCCGACAGUUUCCUCGCCGAUUCAGGCGACCAGACAGCCAACAAAAUCACCGAGGUCGUCACCAGCGUGAUCAACAAACUCGAAGCAGCCGUGCGCGUCGAAGCCAUCAUCGCCACAAUAAUUUUCCUGCUUUGGGGUUUCAUAGCCUUUGUUGGUAUCACACGAGCCAUGAUGCUUUUUUGGAGCCGGGACAAGCACCGCGGUGAGGGGGGGCAGGGUCAUAUUCUAGAUCCAGUGCCCAAUGGUGGGCCACCACCUCAGGAUCCAAGAGGUUUUACUGAAGUUCCACUCACUGCUAUCCCGAGGAGCAUGUCUGCGGAUGGACACAUUGCUCCUCACUACACUGCGGCGGCAGCAUCCUCUUUGCCUGUGCGUAAUGAGACGCCGUCAUAUGGUGAUGAGAAGCUUGGUUUUGCAGGGCAAAGGAAUUAUGAGCAUGCAUUGCAGGUGGACUCUGGCCCUGAUCUGAGGGGAAGUAGCUACGUUGAAUACGAUGUGAGGCGAUGA